UCCCCAACGCCCCCCAGGAGCAGCUGCUGGCCCGGGACCUGUCCCGCCUGCCGCGGCCCAAGCGGCGGCUGCUGGCCGGCCUGGAGGAGCUGCUGGCCCGCGACCUGCCCGCGCUGAGCCCGCUGCUGGCCGAGGAGGCCCCCGGCGAGCCCGGCGUGCGCGGCGGAGCCUUCGACGGCGCCCUGGGGCCCUUCGGCGCCGGCUCCGAGGAGGACGACGACGACGACGGCGAGGGCGACGACGAGGAGUGGGUGGUGAUGAAGGACAAGGCGAAAUACGACGAGAUCUUCUACGGGCUGGCGCCCAGCGGGGGCAAGCUGAGCGGGCGGCGGGCCAAGGGCUGGAUGGUGGCCAGCAACCUGCCCAGCUCGGUGCUGGGCCGCAUCUGGCAGCUCAGCGACGUGGACAGGGACGGCAUGCUGGACCACGAGGAGUUCGCGCUGGCCGGCCACCUGAUCGGGGCCAAGCUGGAGGGGCGCGGGCUGCCGAGCGACCUGCCGCCGCGCCUGGUGCCGCCCUCCAAGAGGAGGCACGAGGGCUCUGCCGAGUGACCCCAAAAAUCUCAUUAUAAACCCCAAAAAUCCACCCAAAAUCCACCCAAAAUCCACCCAAAAAACA